AUGGAGAUAAUGACCCAAUAUAGGUGGGUUGCAAAUUGGUGCGGGUUAGCCACGGUCAUGGUGGUGCCAUGGAAAUUAUUAGAGUGGGCGUGGUUCAAACCAAAAAGACUAGAAAAGUACCUUAGGGAACAAGGUCUCAAGGGCACAAAUUACAAACUACCCUUUGGAGAUACCAAAGAGAUGUUGCAUUUAACAAAGCAAGAGGCACCCAUGAACCUUUCUGAUGAUAUUAUGCCUCGGAUCAUGCCAUUUGUGCAUAGGGCAAUUGAAGACUAUGGUAAAAUUUUCUUUGCUUGGUUUGGACCCAUGCCAACGGUGCACAUCAUCGACCCAGAUGUUAUGAGGGACAUCUUAUGUCGAAUGAAUGAAUUUCAGAAGCCUAAGAAAAACAACCCAUAUAUUAAGAUACUAUCAACUGGUGUUAUCGAAUACGAAGGAGAUAAAUGGUCUAAACAUAGAAAAAUUAUCAAUCCUACUUUUCAUGCCGAGAAGCUGAAGCUGAUGGCUCCAGCUAUGUGUUUGAGUUGUUGCGAAAUGAUAAAAAAGUGGGAGACCUUGAUUUCAGAUACGCAGUCACUUGAGCUGGAUGUUUUUCCACAUCUUCAAACAUUAACCGGUGAUGUAAUAUCACGGACUGCAUUUGGCAGUAGCUAUGAGGAAGGAGUAAGGAUUUUUGACCUACAGAACGAACUUGGAACCAUAUUGAUGCAUCUCAUACAAUCCUUAUAUAUACCUGGCUCAAGAUUUUUUCCGAACCCAAGAAACAAAAGGAUGGAAGAGAUUGAUAAUGAAGUUAGAGCUUUGAUAAAAAGUAUGAUCGAUAAACGAAUGAUUGCAAUGGAAGCUGGAGAAAAAGGACAAGAUGACUUGUUAGGCAUAUUGUUGCAAUCCAACUACGAUGAAAUCCAAAAAUCCGGAAAUGAAAGAUUUGGAAUGACAAUCAAUGAAAUCAUUGAAGAAUGUAAACUUUUUUACUUUGCAGGCUCCGAGACAGUUGGUAAUCUACUUGUUUGGACGAUGAUUUUAUUAAGUCGACAUCCACAAUGGCAAGAGCUUGCAAGAGAUGAAGCUUUUCAAGUCUUUGGAAAUAAUCAACCAGAUAUCAAUGGAUUGAGCCGGCUAAAAAUUGUAAAUAUGAUACUGCUUGAGGUUUUAAGAUUGUACCCUGGAGUCUCAGCAUUAUAUCGUAUGUCUAUUAAAGAAUCAAGAGUAGCCGGCAUAAAUAUCCCUGAAGGAACAUUGAUCAUAAUGCCCAUAUUAGCGUUACACCAUGAUAAAGACACAUGGGGCGAUGAUGUCUUGGACUUCAACCCGCAAAGAUUCUCCCAAGGAGUCUCGAAGGCAUCUUUAACUGGACAAGUUUCUUAUUUCCCAUUUGGCGGGGGUCCUCGUAUCUGUAUCGGCCAAAACUUUGCUAUCUUGGAAGCCAAAAUAGCAUUAGUUAUGAUUUUAAGACGUUUCUCUUUUAGGCUUUCACCAUAUUAUUCACAUGCCCCACAAUCUAUUAUCACUCUUCAACCUCAAUUUGGUGCUCAAUUAAUUUUGCAAAAAGUCGGAGAAGACUCCGGAUAUUAA